AUGUCGUGGUUUAAUGUGUGGGAUGGGCUGAAGAAUAAGACGUGUCGUUAUUUACUGCAACGGUAUCUGGGCCAAUUUCUCGAUGAGAAUCUCAACUUGGAACAGUUGAACAUCGAGCUAUACAAUGGCAAGGCCACAAUCAAAAAUGUCUCGUUGCGUGUGGAGACUUUGAAUGAGUUAUUGGAGGCCCAAGGCUGGCCAUUGGAAUUCACAGAUGGCCAUAUAGGCCAGCUGACAUUGUCGGUGCCCUGGAAUGCCCUAAUGACAAGCGACAGUGCCAUCGAGGUAUCCGAUGUGGUGUUGUGCAUGCGACCCGUUAAACGGGAACACGAUGGAACCUCCAUGAUCGAAUCGAUGUGGUCAUCGGUUAGCAGUUCGCUGCAACUGGCCGAGGAGUAUAUGCGACAAGAAGAGAAUGAGUCAGAAGAUGCAAAUGCGACUGCACACACAACAAUAGGUGGUCUAGAGAAAUUCGCCGAGACCAUUGACAAUGUUCUGAAUCGCAUUAGGGCAAAGUUUACAAAUAUUACCAUACAAAUAGAACACCCAUUGGUGAGUACGCUCAAAGGUAUUGCGUUUAAGGUGCAUCUCGAAGAGGUGUUGUAUAAAAAUGAGACGGGCAAUGAGAAAAGUGCCACGACACAACAACAACAGCAGCAGCAACAACAACAUCAGGGCAUGGACAGUACGGAGGAGAUGUUGAAUCGCAUACCCACAUACACAAAGCACAACAUAAGCUUGAGGGGAGCCCAUAUUUAUACACAAGAAUUAAAAUCCGAUUCGGAGGCAAUGGGAAAUAGUAAUCAACAAGAUAUCCCCCUUUUGCAAUUGAACGGGGAGCAAAGUGUCCAGGUAAAGGUGAAACAAUCGGAGGAUGUGACGGGCCCUAAAAUUUACUUCUAUGUGGAAUUGGGUGGUAUCUGUGGCAUAUGUUCGCCCCAUCAAAUACAAAUGAUAUUGGAGUUUAUAGAAGCAUUUACGGAUGAUCUAAACCCCAAGAAGCAAACACAGCAUUCCAGCCUGCAUGAUGUCGAUGUGGUACAUGUAUCGGGAGAGGCAACCACAACAACGGAUGGCUAUGAAAAUCUAACAGUGGGCGGGGGUGGCAUGCUUAGCAAUCAGUCGGCAUGGAUCAGUGCUGAUGACCCCCCUCCCCCGCAUCACAUACAAUAUGCAAACACCAUACACCGGAAUUUGCACAGUAGUCAAGAUAAAUAUUGCGAGUCGUUAAGUUCAUCGAUGAGUUCACGCAGCACGCUGACUAGUGUUUCACGUUAUCAGCGUAAACCCACAAAUCUCGAUUCGUCCGGGGAAAUUUCUAAUUUUGUGGUUAAGAUCGGCUCAUUUGUAUGGGUAGUUUUGCAGGAGGAUAUUUUGGUGGAGUCCGCAUCGAAUUACUAUGAAAGUCUUUACAAUGAACAAAGUGUGAAUGAACAGACCAAUGUGUCAGAAAGAUUUUUUGAAUUGGUCCAACAUCAGGGGUCUUGUGAUGGCCAUCAGGAUCAAGAGGCCACUCCCAAUGUUCUUUGUGAUAAAAAUCACAUUUUGGUGCGUAUGCAACCCCUGGUGGCAGAGGGCAAACAGAAUCGCAACAAAAGCCUGCUGCAAUUCAAUGCCACCGUCUCGGCUACGCAAUUGGACUUUUGUGAGGUUCUCGAAGGCAAGACCUGCCCCAAGGCAACAUUGAACGACAGUGAUGCGGCACCAAGCAGCGAUAAUACAGUGAUAAGUUUAAAUUGCGCCAAUUUAGAUAUUCAUCUGCGAUUUCCCAUUGUCGAUGCAAAACCUGCUCAUGAUCCCGAACGUAUUCCCUGGUGGAAACAAAAUAUUAGACCCGAUUUCCUGUUACUCUCCCUGGAACAGAUGCAUCUUAAGUACUGCCAAAAUAAAAUAAAUUUGACAUCGAAUGAAAUCAAUAUUUACUACUGUGAAGAUGGUCUGAAGGAAAAGACCCACAUUUUAAAUACUCGCUGUGAAGCAACCACACCUGUCGCCGGCAAGGAUGCCACCCAACUUGAAUAUCCCUCAAUAUGUAUAGACAUCAAGGAUAGCUAUGUCUUUGGCAAAGAUGAAGAACCCCUUUUGCCAUUUAGUUCGAAACGUAAUUGUCGCCAGAGUAGCACUGCCCAGCCAAGAAUGGAGUCUGAUGUUACCGAAACUAUUUUACUGCCAGGCGAAACUCAUGAAAUAAAUGAAUUUUGCCAAAAAUCAAUGGCCUCAUCUGUGAUUGGAAUACGCAUAAGUUUUCCCAGCCUUAAUUUGUUUUUGGAAUCGAAGCAACUGUUUGAGUUGAUCUAUAAUCGCCUAAACUCUGAUUUGUUUAUGUGGGAACCAUCAUCUCCGUAUCUGACUGGAACUCCGAUGCAAGAGAAAAGUUUUUUGGGUAUGCCAAAUUUGGGUCUGAUGGAUUCGGUUUAUAUUUCAGCUGUACAACAGCCCGAUAAUGAUCCAUUUGCGGAGGAUGAUGAUAACGACGAUGGUGACGAUGAACAUACCAAUGAUGAAGAUGAUGAGACGUUAACAUCACAACGUCGUAGACAUAAAACUUCACGAAACUUUAAAUCGCUGUUAACAUCAUCGAAAGAUUUCAACAAUACCCGCCAUGGCCACAGAUGUUCGGUGGAAAUAAAAGUUGGCAAAGCCACUGCUGCCAUCUUUGUACCCGUCCGCGAUUCCGAGAAUCACAUAUUGCCUGAGGUGUCGGGUAAAUUUCUGCUCUACAUUGAAGAUUUGAGAAUUUUCAGUUUAACUGGUUACUGUGAUGAUCCCUGCCUGGCCUACUUCUGCCUGCAGGUCAAUGAAAUUGAAAUGUAUCAUGGUGGGGUGGUGCCCAUGAAUUCGCCGUUGCGAUGUGAUAGCAAAGCUCACAUAGAGGACUUUAUGAAGGCGACCAUCUACAAAAUUCCCUUAGGUCUAACCAAAGGUAUUGUGGGCCAGAAGCCCGGCGAACGCAGUGAAAUGGUCACUGUGGCCAUUGAAAUCAAGAAAAAUCUACCGCAACACAUUAAACGCCUGAAAAUAACCGCAGGCAUUAAAAACACCACUCUCCGCUAUAUUCUCAUGGCUCCAUCGUAUUUUUGGCUGAAUCAACUUUUGGAUUUCCUCGAUGUCAUGGACUAUCCCAUUGAAGGUUAUGAACCGUUUAGUGUGGUCUCGGAAAUGCAAUUACAUUUAUGGGAUUGUGCCAUUGAUUUUCGUCCCGACAACUUUCCCUAUCGUGCGGUGCUAGAGCUGUUCUACUUCUCGGUGAGCAGCAACAUCAUUUCCACCAUGACAGGUUGUAAUUUACGUUUUGUCCUGGAGGAGUGUGUCUUUUCCAUUGCUCCUCAUGAUACAAACAAGGUGCUUCCCAGCAACCGUGUUACCUUUAUUGACUCGGCCAAUAUGGUACCCGUGUUGGAUUUCGGUCUACUGGAAAUAUCACUACGCAUCAGUGGUGAGACUACGGAGAAACAUCCCAAAUUAGAUCUCAGAUGUUCGCUGCAAGAUGUCCAUUUAAGGACUUGCUACGAUUCGGGCAGUGCCUUUGCCCAAUUGAUUGGCUAUAUAGCCAAUAAUAUAGCCAAAGAUGAAGAGGCCAGUGAUAAGGAAUCUUUACAAUCUUCAUUGUGUUCAGACUCAGACUUACUUUUGGCCGAGUCCCAAACAUCGGCAGAUAUCAGUGAUCGGCAUCAGGAGCGCGUUAACCAGCUAAUGGCUGAGGCCGUGAAGGAUGGUGUUGAUGUCCUGCAGGCAAGUGAUAUGUCAACAUCAUCCAUGUCCACGACCACUAUUCCACCCAAAGUAGAUGAAUUGAAAUUAUUCUAUUUCCCCGAUGAGGCGUCAAAAGAUGUGGCCGCUGCAGCCAUGGCCAAUACCCCACAAGAAUUUGAUAUUCCCUGUACAUCGUCGAGUGCUGCGGUCGGUGAACCAUUACCGCUAAUUAAAGGUGAUUUCGGUGUUGUUGCAGAACAAAAAUCCGUCAAAGAGCUGCAAAGCCAAUGUUCCUCGGAGGACGAUUAUUGCUUUAUUGUGGGCGAGGAGCGUGUGGAAUUGGAUUUCGAAGACAUCAAAAUAUCCGAAGAUCCUUUGCGCAUUGUUGACAAUCACUUUGGCUUGCCAUCCUCGCAUAAUGAUAUUCUAAAAGCCCCACCCACAUUUCCACAAGCCGAUCUACGUUACACCCUAUGUGAAAUGACGGUCACCUGGCAUUUGUAUGGUGGUCAUGAUUUUGCUCAAACUCCUUGCAGUACAACAUCGACAACAACAGCAGCAUCCUCCGCUGAGACAGCAACCAUGUCCGAAGCAUAUCGUCAUGGUGUUUCGAAUGCCAGUAACCAAUGUCGACCACAGACGGCUAAAAAACCCAAAGAAAAAUUAACCUGGAAAUCGAAGGGUGGCGAGAAUCGUAAUCACGAAGUACUGGUGGAAAUACAACUCAGCAAGGUGGGUUUCUCAUACGAACUAUAUCCCCUGCAUGCUGCAUAUGCCUCGCGUCAGGUAUUCCUGGUAAAUGAGCUGGAAAUAAGGGACCGGCUACAAACUUCAGAAAUCAAUAAAUUCCUUUACAAUGCGAAUAGCAGCAGUUUCUCAAAUCGUCGUAUGAAACAUAUGGUGGUGGUUAAGUGUCUGCAUGUACGACCAAAUCCCGAACAAAGUCCAGCACAGGAAUGCUCUCUGAAAAUAUCUCUCUCACCUUUGCGUCUGCACAUCGACCAGGACACAUUGGAAUUUAUAACGGAUUUCUUUACCAAUUUUGGUAAAAAUUGUGACAGCGACAAGCCGGAAGGGGACAAGCCCAAAGUGCCAGCACCACCGCCGACAGCCACGUUGUGCAGCGACUUAGAUUUGCCAGAAGCUGUACAGGAUUUGCGGGCCCGGCGUAUUGUCAAUGAAAAUUUGGACAUACUAAUGGAUGACACCCAAUCGGAAAGUAGUACCAGUCCGACGAAGAAGACAGCGAAACAAUCACCCCCUAACGAUACUUCACCCACAUAUUUCCGUGAAAUCAUUUUCAGUCCUGACAUCUCCAUAUGUUUUGAUUAUCAUGGACGUCGUGUGGAAUUGUCCAAAGGUCCUGUGGCAGGGCUGCUUAUGGGUUUGGGUCAACUGCAAUGUUCUGAAAUAAUUCUUCGGAAAAUUGUCUAUCGCCGAGGCAUUCUGGGUUUUGAGAAGGUUUUCAAUUAUCUGUGCAAGGAAUGGCUAAGGGAUAUCAAACGCAAUCAAUUGCCCAAGAUUUUGAGUGGUGUGGGGCCGACAUAUGCAUUUGUGCAACUAUUUCAGGGUAUCUAUGAUCUAUUUUGGCUACCUAUUGAACAUUAUCAGAAAGAUGGUCGCAUCAUACGGGGUCUGCAGUUGGGUGCACAAAGUUUCAGUGCUCGAACCAUACUGGCCGCAUUGGAAAUUACAUCUCGCCUCAUACAAUUGCUACAGUUCACUGCAGAGACGGCGUUUGAUAUGGUUUCUCCUGGACCUUCUGUACGGCAAUUGAAACGUUCACGUCGUGGCAAUAAACGACGAACGCACAGACCAAAAGAUAUUCGUGAGGGAGUGGUGAACGCCUAUCAAAUUGUCAAAGAUGGCAUUAACGAUUCGGCCAAUAAUCUAAUAGAGACCGCUGUGGCGGAACACGAUCAAAAAGGUUUAACCGGUGCUGUUGGAGCUGUUAUGCGUCAAGUUCCACAACUUGUUGUUUGUCCGGCCGUCUUGGCUACCCAGGCGACAACAAAUAUAUUGGGCGGUGUUAAAAGUUCACUGGUACCUGAAUCGAAAAUUGAAGCAAAGAAGAAAUGGAAAGAUGAAAAUUGUUGA